UAGUUUUUGCUCUUUCAGGUAUGGUAGCAGUAGAUAAAGGCUCAUCAUCUUUACCAAAAGUGAUUGAAGAAGCUGUUCUAGAAAUCUCCUCGGCACAUACAGAAAUCAAACCUAUACCGUCCAAUUCCACCCAAGAGAAGGAACCAACACAGAAGCGUAGAGGUUCGAUUAUGAAGCAAUUAAGUUCAAAGGGAAGGAAAUUUGUUAAGAACGUGAUGAAUAUUACGUUAUCAAGUUUGGGUCAGACAAGUGAAGAAAGACUUUCACAAGCUAAAUCCUAUGGAAGUAACGAGCAGUUGUUUAAGAAUUUCGACCUACUUAACAAACAGGCACAGACUUUUGUGCUAAUGCAAUUAAAGCAAUGCCGCAACAACAAAAUGGCCAGAAGGUUCACGAUGAAGGAAAAACUUAUGGCUCUAAUGCUGAUGAAGCAAAGCCCAAAGGCAUACAAACUUCUGGAAACAAUGUUUGCAUUGCCCAAUAAGAGGACUUUACAUAGACUUUCUGAAAAAAUAUGUAUGAAACCAGGAGUUAACCCACAGAUAUUUUCUCAUAUCCGAAAUACCGUAAAACACUGGGGACAACAGCAAAAGUUAUGCUCAAUAGUAUUUGAUGAAAUUGCAUUGACACCAUACUUAACAUACAACGAAAGUAACGAUCUAAUUCAUGGUUUUGUGGAUGUGACUGGCGAAAGAAAAAUGAAGUUUUGUGAUCAUGCCCUUGUCUUUAUGGUAAGAGGCAUAUGUUCUUCAUGGCGGCAAUGUAUAUCAUACCACUUCUGCGAAGGAACAACAUCUACAGCCGAAAUGCAGGAAAUUUUAAAGCAAAUUGUCUCAGAAGUAGUUCAAACAGGACUAAUACCUUUAGGACUAGUUUGCGAUCAAGGAUCGACCUUUAGAACUGCGAUUAAAAAGUUCCGAGAGGAGACAGUACGACACUGUAAUGACGAAGACAACGCGAAAAAUGAUAAGCACACUGGUUCAGACUCAAAUAACACCAUGGAAGCUACAGCUGAAAUUAUAGAAUUUUCGACACCCUGUUCGACAGUGUCAACGGCUCCCCUGGCGGCACCACAAAAGGGAAACUGA